AUGGAGAACGAAGCAGCGAUCAGUGACAUAGUCGAGUACAAGUUUGCGACUCCACAGGAAAGAUGCGGGAAGACGCCACCCAAACAUCACUGGUUUCAGACCAUGAUGGGAGAUAAGACGGAGGUGGAGAUGGCACUGCAAGGAGGGGAGAGCAAGAGGCAAGCUCUGAGUGAGGAAGAGCUGAAGCGCGUCCGACGAGAGAGGCGAGAGAAGUCGAGGUCUUUCAUCAAGAUGAACAAGUCCAUGCGAGCAGCGUCGUCGACACCAACUUCAGGAAUCAGUGGCAGCAAGGAUGCAAUGUUCUCACAUGACAGUGAGGUCAAGCUGCAAGACAAAGAGAUCAGCGAGCUGUGCAAGGGAGUUGUAGACGAGUCUGAGAUAUCGAGAGUGAAGGAAUGGCUGGAGAAGGAGCAUUUUGUUGAUCGCACUUCUCCUCAUUCUUCUUUUCUCUCCUCGAUGAGCUCCAAAAGCAGCACUUCUAUUCUACAAAAGACAAAAGAUGGAAGGGAAGGAGCAAUCAACGAAUAUCUGAAGAAGAUUGCAAAACAGAAGCGAAUGUGA